AACAACAAAUCCAAGAUAUUGUGAGCGUCGCUCCGGCGCCAGUUUGACGUUUGACUCGUCAUCAGACGGUUGGGUAAAUUUUUUCUCUCGUUUGUUGCUGCUCUUGUAUCUUUGCGUGAGUGUGUGUAUGUUUGUAUGCGCUGCUGCUUGUGACGCAUUCUUGUUUUGCAGCAAAUCAACGCCAAAAACAAAGUUUGAACGGCGAAUAUAAUAAAGAAAGAAAGACGCGUUGAUUAUCAAGAAAUGUUCAAUGACACAAGAACAAUUUGGUUAUAGUGCUUAUUUAAAUAGGAAAAGAAACACAAGUGCAAUUACAAGAUCAAAUAACAAAAGUAAGGCGACGAAUACAUACAUAAAUACAAACAGAGCAGCCGCAAUACACUAACACCACCAUCAACAACAACACCGACAGCAGCAACAGCAACAGUAGAAACAGAAACAGAACAACGGCGUCGACUUCAAAUUGGACAUGUCAUGUCAGCAAGCGUCAAGAUUCAUUACAGCAACAGCGACAACAACAGUAGCAACAGCAAAAAGCACAGCAGCAACAAAGCGCAUUGCAACACAAACACUAGCUGCAACCGCAGCAGCAACAGAAGCAGCAGCAACACUAACACUAACAACUACAACUACAACAACAUUAGCUAAAUUAGCAACAAAAACGACGCCAGUGACAGUGGAUGUGGAGAGGAGCGUCGGAGUUGGAGUUGCAGCCGGCAAAACGAAUACGCCUGAGGAUCCAUAUGUAUUCACAGAGACCGUUGCAGCGACACCGCCAAUUUUAUUUAAUGCACAGAAAUCGCGAGCCCGCCUAAACGAAGCGCAACACAGCAGAAAUAGCAGCAACAGAAGUAAAAACAACAACAAUAAACAAACGGUUGCAGGCAAAAAGUCGAGCAUUGUUGGUGCAACAGCGGCAGCAGCAGCAACAACGACAGCGUCCGUUGCACAGUUGAAUGGCAUUGCAACAACAACUUUGGCAACAGCGAGAGCAGCAGUGCAAACAACAAAGGCGCAGGCGUCUUUAGGUGCAGCAGCAACAACAACAAACACAACAACAACAACAACGAAUUUCAAUAAUGUCACACAAUCUCAAAGGCAGCCAACGUCACAGUCGCAGCUGCAGUUGCAGUCCUCGCUGCAAUUGCAGUCGCAAGCGUCGCCGAAACGCGCCACCAACGUGUGUGUGGUGCGUCCACAGCAGCAACUGCAACAACAACAACAGCAGCAGCAGCAACAACAACAACAACAGCAACUGAAGCAACAGCAGGCCAAGUUGAUCACUAAGCAUCCUGCACCGCAACCACCACCGCCGCCGCUUUAUACGCACACGCCCUCGUUGUGGCAAACACCACUCUUAUUGGAUACCACACAGAAGCAGCAGCAGCAACAGUCAAGUAUUGUUGUUGCCACAGCGUUGGUCAGUCCGCCCAUAUCGCCCGCCUCGUUACUCUCACCCACGGCAAAUGCGCCGCCAACAGCAGCUGUGACCGCGAUGGUGUCACCCAUUGUGCUGCCUCUAUCCCCGGCAACAGCAGCUGCUGCUGCUGCUGCUGGUGCGAUGUCGCCGCCAAAGGGUGGCUCACUGCCGCCGUCCAAGUUUCAUCAUACGACGCUGGCGCAGCACUUGCAGAAGGUGGAAUGCCUAAAGAAGAAGAAAUCCUUGCCACUGGCGUGCCAGAACUCUAAUAGCAACAACAACAACAUUGUUGUAGACACGUUGCACAAGCGACAAACGUUUGCUGGUUACAAUCUAACGCAUCCUCCGCCGCUGACUGCGUUCAACACGUCGGCAACUGGACCAGCAACAGUUGCAGCUGCGGCGGCUGCUGCAGUCGAACAGAAGAAACAUUCCGCCGAUGCUGUCGAUGACAAUGGCGAUCUCAAUGAGAUACCCGUCAAUGUAAUAUUUCGAAAGCCACCGGUGCUAUUAGCCGGUCCAGCAGAUGCUAAGAUUGCAGCACAGCCAGCAAUGAUGAAGUUGGGAGCUGUUGCACCCUUAACACCGCCAACUCCGCCAUCGCCUGCAUCUUCAGCUCCGCUGCUAAGCAAUGUGGGUAUGCAGCUAUCUGCGUUACGAUCACCUGCAUCUGGAGCUGUCGUACCCGCCUUCAUGCCCCAAUUCCCAACAGCAGGAAUAGCAGGAUUAGCACCAGCAAUAACAGCACCCAUCAAAAGCACCCAAAAUGAACAAAUGUCUUCCAAAGUUGCCAAUUCUGCUGUUCCGUCGAAGCGUAGAUCAACAGCAGCAAGUGCAGGUUGCAGAAAGGCCAACAAAGCAAACAAUUUAAAAGCUGCUGUAAAGGAGAUGCCUCUGCCAGCAGCUCAGCCCUCGGAGGACGUACCUCCUCCGGUGGAUCCAGCGUUGGCUAAUCGAAUAUCGCGGCGUCGCAAACCCACAUCGGGAGCCAAACGAGGUUCAGCGGUGUUGUUCAGCGAGAACGAACCUCUGCCGCUGAGUGAUGUUCCCUACUGCCUGCAGACACGUUGGUUGCUUGCCAGUCCUGUCAAGGAAAUGGUAAUGGAGCCUCAGUCAUUGCUGGGCAACCGGGAUCGCGAGGAGCGCAUUGCCGUGCGGAAGGGUCUGCUGCGGCGUCAGGCACUUCAGUUGCUCUCGACACGUCCACUGCAGGAGUUGCCCAUGCGUGCGGCCCGCCAACGCUUGCAGGGCGUUCACAGUCUAUUGCUCAAGUACCAAGAUCAUGCGAAACAACAGCAGGGCAUUGGGAUUGGCAAUCGCUGUCUGGUUGCGGGUUGCAAGCAACCCACGCUUAGCAUGGCAGCGCAUUGUGAGCGUCACAUUGUCAACAACAGCACACAGCAGCUGUUCCAGCCUUGUGUGGCUUGGCGGGUGAAUGGAUCCGCUUGUCAGACGCCCGUCUUUGAUAUGCUGCACACGUUGGCGCUGUGUCCGGCUCACAGUCAGCUAAGACCUGGUCUGGAGCUACAGUCCAGACAACAACAGCAGCUACAGCAGCAGCAGCUAAAGGAGAAGGUAGUUCCGCAGCUGUCCAAGCCUCCACCCACACCUGCUGUGCCUGGCCCAGUGCCCGGCGCCGCAACGGCAUCGGCUCUGGCAGCAGGUGGUAAACGCAAGCGGAAAACGAAUCCAAAUGCCAAUCCAGUGGGUCGUCCGCUUAAGCGUACCAAGAAGCAGCCUGAUACAUCCACUCCCGCCUCAUUGCCCGUCAUGAGCAUGACAACACUGCCGCCAAUGUCGGCGGUGCUUCAGCGCAAGAGCAGCACCACCUCACUGGAGUCGAUUGCCAGCAACUCGCAGUCGUCAGCCAAGUCGCACACACCCUACACACCGACUGCACCCGUGCUGACCAUGCCACAGUUGUCCAUUAUUCCUCCAGCGUUGGCGCCGCUUAGCGAUUAUCAACUGCAGCAGCAGCUGGUGAAGAUCGAGCCAGAGCAGCAGCAACCACAUCCGCAACCGCAGCAACAGCAACAACAACAUCAGCAAUUGGAUGCCAAUGUCAAUUCGCUGGCCAAUGCCAAUUUCAAGGCUGAUGAGAUUAGCCAAAUUGUGGCUCAGCUGGCGGCAGCUAGUACCGAGUUGCACAGCAACAACAAUAACAACAAUUUGCACUACAACAACAACCAUAACCACAACAGCAACAACACGAACUACUGCAGCAACAACAACAGCAACAGCGGCAGCAGCAGCAUCAGCUGUGGUUUUCCCUCAUUCAACGCCGCCUUUGGAAGUGCCAUGGGAGGAGCCCAGAUUCAGCAGGCAACAUCGCUGCAUGCCAACACAUCCUUGGCCAGCACGGAGAGUUUGCUGAGUCAGCAUAUGUUUGGCAUUUGCGAGAACAGCUCGGCCUAUGCCAGCUCCGAGGAUACGGGCCUUGGCGGCCUGUCGGAGUCGGAGCUGAUAGGCGCUAAUGAUGCUGAUGAUAUAGCAUUGAAUGGCGCCCAUUUGCUGGAGGAACACGAUUUGGUAAAUGUGUUUGAUACGCUGCCGGACGAUGCGUUCAACGAGUUAUUUCAAUCCGUGCAACAAGCUGAAUGCGAGGCGAUGGAUCGUGCUCUCGAAAUUGCCGAUAAGAACCUCAAGUGUCUGCAGCAGACAAUUGGCAGCACGGCACAUGACAGUGCCUUUCUUAACGAUUUCCUCGACGUGGGCGAUGAUCUGCUAGUGAACGCUGUCUCGUCCGUAAUGAACUCGCCCAACACAUCCGGCAUCGAUACCUCCACGCUGUUUGUCGACAGCAGUGGAAGUGGCAACAGCAGCAGCAACGGCCUUGUCGGCUCCAGCUCCAGUGGCUGUACGCCGGCAGCCUCCGUAGCAGAUUUACGCGGCCUGGUGCAUAUCUAAGCUUCGUGUGAGCCUACGCCUUAGCCGCAUCCAUAACACAUACAUGUACGCACGCUUUGGGCGAGUCCGCGCAGCUCGUCACUUUCAAAAGAUCUUUCGAAAACAACAAAUACUAUUAGAAAUUGAAAAAACAAAAGAAAAAACAUCAAACUUCACUUCUCAACAUAAGUUGAACAAGUUUUUCAAUUGUUUUCCAUUUUUGCCAAGUUUUCCUUUUUUUUUCUUUUGGCUAUCGAUGAAAUUUCUACAGAUUCGCUGACCCCAAGUUCUUGAAUACACUUCAAUAUACUACUUACUAUUGUGUAUAUACACACAAUCUUAUAUAUCUGAUGAAUCACAUAAUAACUACGUGUUAAUGCAAAAAUUCUGAGAAAAAUUCCCAAAAAUAUUAAUAUUACUUAAACAAUUUUAAAAAUAUAUAUUAUUAAUAAAACACAAAAAAAAAUAUUAUGUAAAUUCGCGUGGAUCUUUAGCGUUAAAGUCUUAACUUAAAUUUAAAAGUUAGUGCAACAAAUGAAAAAAAAAUCAAAUCAAGAAAUUAUGAAAGAUAUUUAGAAUGCAGCUUUAUAUAAACACAAAGAAACACACACGGAAAAAAAGAAAGAAAAAAAAUAUGUAGGAAAACUUAGUAACAAAUUUGAAUUUAAGAGCGUGAAAGGGAAAGGUGAAUGAUAAGUAACGCAUUGAAGAGUUAAGUUCGAAGUAAGCAUAGAAUUUGUUUAAACAUUUUAUAAGCGCAUUUACAUACAUCCAACCAACCACAUUAUAAUGAGAAAUGUAACAAUAACAAUAGCAAAAACAACAAGAGUAAGGGAAGAGAAAAAAAAAGGUUUUAUGUUUUAUUUAGUUUAUGGUUCAAAACACAUUUUCAUAUACACACACACAUACAUAUACACAUAAAACGUACAAGGGACUACAUAGUUUAAAACCGCGAAUCGUAUUACUAAAUAUACAUAUAUAAAAAACUAUAUAAAUAUAUACAUAAUAAACACACAGAUUAGUUGUGUAAGCUUUAAUUUUAUAAAACCUACAAAAUACGAAAAACGAAAAACAAAAAAAAGAAUAAAAUUAAAAAGCAACUUGUUUUUUUAAGUUGGCAUAAAUAAAUAUUUUAGUUAUAAAUUGAUUGGGGUCCGAUCAACCCCAAUCAAUUAGCAGGUUUUACUUUCCGAUUUGGUCUUUGUACUACUUAUGUAAAUUAAUAAUUACAUAUUAAAUAGAAUUAAACACACUUUAUAUACCGAAAUGUAAAAUUCUUUAGUCUAAGCGAACACAGAUACACAAACACAAGCCAAUACAAAUACAUGCAAGAAAACUGUUACGCUUUAAAAUAUAAACUCACUUAGCGCCCCAAAACUCACACACCCAUCCCAAAUACAGACAGAGUUCACACACCCAUCACACACACACGCCACAUCCAUUGUAUUUUUUCAUUUGUCAUCUUUGCAAGUAUUAAAUGAGAGAAACCGUUUAA